AUGCAAGCUCGGGAGAUAUUGAUUAAGCAAGUCCAAAACUCCAUAGCUCAAGCUUUCGGCCACCAGUAUCAUGUUAUCGACCUCACAUUUCACCGAGCCCAUACUGUUCUUACCAAGAUGAAGGUUGAGCUAGCUAUAGUAGACGGCCGGACACCAGACGGGGCCCUGCCUCCCAUAAUCGUUACACCGAAGCUUGUGUCCACAUUAAAGUCAUUAAACCUUCAAGCAAUAUCCGAUCCAGCCACAGCGCGUACUUCUGGUCUCCAAGUGGCCACUUCUCCUUCUGCGUCUCCUUCCACCCCAGGCCGACUUCUUCCGGGACUAGAGUUGAACAUAAAUUAUUCACUUCCGUUUGUAUUAACCCGUCUCAGCCUAUUCCAGUGUUAUUUUGCUAUUCAUCCUAAUCUUCCUGCUUUGUUUUCUGUUACCCGACUCUGGCUUGAGUCACAUUCGCUUUCUGCUAUUUCUCCAACGUAUUUGGCAUCUCUGUGUAUUAGUUAUCUCCAGAUCAAUUUUGGAUUACCAAACUUACAGCGUUCUGAGCUCGUUGAAGGUAUUCGCCAAGACGAACUGACGGACACCUUCAAAAACGAGGUUGCGCAGUGGCGGGUCAGACCCUUGCCCCUGAGCGAACUCCUGAUCGGUUGGUUCCGAUACUUCGGGCGGCGCUUCCGCCCCAAGCAAACCCUGAUAUCCAUCAAAGAUGGCGGGCUCCAGAGUCUCCCCCAUUCGGGCUCUGCUCUACGCAUUUUGGACCCGUUUUCUAAAGAUCACGUGCACACGCCCCUGUCUCCAGCAGAUACUGCUCGAUUCGUAAAUCUUGCAAAGGCCGCUGGAGACACUCUCGACAAAGCCCGCCCAUUAAGAGAAGUGAUUGGGCAAGGGCUACCGAAUGUUGGUUCCCCGCGUGUGAACAUAGAUCGUGGAAUGGCAAGGCAAAUUUGGGACAUGUACCAGGCCAAUCAACCCUCUCGACAAACACUUGAUAACCGUGCCAAAAUAAUAGAUCGUAUCAAUACUCUAAUCUCUGAACAUUUUGGCGACGGCUAUGAGGUGUUGCAAUUUGGAAGCACUGGUUAUGGUGUAGAUUCGGACUCGAGUGAUCUGGACUUGAUGAUCAAGGACAAUAAGCGUCCAAUGGGAUUUUCCCCUCAUGUUCAGCUGUCAGCCGUAUAUGAUGUCAAAACCAUAGCCAAGAUACUACGCAAAGCUCGAUUCGUGGAGAUCUUUGCAAUACCUACUGCCUCGGUACCUAUAGUGAAAUGUCGAGAUCCAUAUACCAAUAUCAAAAUCGACGUCAAUUGCAAUGAGCUUCUUGGCCUACGAAACACUGAACUCUUAGCCCAUUACUGCAAUCUUUACCAACCUCUUCGGCCCUUGAUAUUUUUCUUGAAGCGUUGGGCAAAAUCGUAUGGACUGAACGAUCCGAGUGCACAGACAGGCCCUCCAGGGUUCAGCAGUUACUGCUUGGCACUAAUGACAGUAGCCUAUCUUCAGACUCAAAAGGCGCUUCCUUCUUUACAAUCUCAAUUUGAUGCAGUGCCCGCGAAUCGAGAUCAACACGGGGUGUGGAUGAGGGUCAAAGGAAGGCCUCCCCUUUGGUGCGAUACAAGAUGGGAACCACCCACUCGCUGGGAUCGAGUGGAAUUACCUUUAGAAGAAGUUGUCUAUGGGUGGUUCAAGUUUUGGGGUACAGAAAUCAACUAUGCUCAAACUGGAGUCGAUAUACGACUUGGAGGCACUAUCGAGCGACAGCAAGACACCGGAAGUGCACAUGGAAGGGUCACACCUACUGGCCGUCGAAAUCGAAAGGGAAAGAAAGGGGACAGUGUGGCGAGUGCGACGGCAGCCAAGGGAAUCACUUCAGAAAAUACUAACAGGGUCGCAACGCGAGACGUUUCAAGCUCUCAGAACGCUGAUCAUUAUGUGGUUGAGAAUUCCAAUAACACGAGCCAGAAUGGGAAGCAGCAUAAUGAGACUGCGCCACCCACCCCUUCUAUUACCGGAGCUAACGAAUUGGAGGCACGAAUGGCACAGGAAGAGUUACAGGAUCUCCGUGACGAAGUGGAGAGUGUCCCAGUCGCCAAUGGUCGGAUAAUUGAAUAUGAACAACCCAUCCUGUGGAGGUCUCAUACUAUGCUGGUCGUCGAUCCAUUUAUCAGAGUCAAGAAUGUCGCCGGUAAUGUUGCCUAUACACAGGUCGAGCUAUUUCGAAUGAAUUGCCAGCGCACGGCAGAGGCACUGGAGGCUGGGCUUUCAUUAGACCGGAUAAUGGGAGAUAUAGCGUCUGAUCCACCACAGAAUGUUGGAAUGGUGCCUAUGCCUAUGAUGGGGACAGUGUUGGAUAUUCGCGCUUGCUCGCUUCUCAGUCGGGGACGAAUGAUCCUCAACACGAGUCGCCGAAGAGAGAACAUUACAAUGACCUUGAUGCCCACUGAGGUUAUCGAGCUCAUUGCUUCUCAACUGACCCUUAGCUUUAAAGACGUAAUUGCGUUCUCGUUGACUUCGAGGAGGGUACACGAGGCUACCGCGUUUCUCGUCACAAAACCUUUAUUGUCAGAAGAUAUUCGCGACACAGGCGGUCCAGGAGGUAGAGAUAACACAUCUAUCGGAUUGUCAAGAGCUUUAAUUGUUGAUUUGAAAUUUACUUUGGCAUCGGAAGAAGCGUCGGUCGAGAGUGAACAACUGCGGCGCUUACUCGUUAGGGCACCUCGCCUCCGAUAUCUUGCCCUCCGCCGCCCUCCUCUCUCGAUCGAGAAUCAAGAAGCCACAAUCCGGUGGGAACCAACUCGAUCUAAAACGAGUGCUCACCCCUUCCCCUUGCGGACCUCCCAUUUUCAACCUGGGGCGGCUUAUCUCUCAAGCCUAACGCAUCUCGAUUUGAACGAUUUGAGCAUACACCCUAUGAUACUCCCUCGUUUCCCUAACCUCACACAUCUAAAAUUAUCGCUCAGUGGCCAUCAAGACGCGUAUCUACCAUCUGAGGUCAUGAACAUUAUAAGCUUUGCCAAAUCUUGUAAAUUGGUUGCGUUCGAAGUUGGGAUGCAUGCUGUGGUAGGACAAAGGGAGCGGCUAAGCGUGGUCAAGGCGUGUGACAGAAUAUUGAGCUUGGGUGAUAGCUGGAUGAAACCAGAGAACGUUGUCAAUUCAGCGACAGAGCUAGCCGAGGCCCUCCAAUUUUGCCCUGACCUUGCUACCCUCUCACUCAACCUUUCUGAUCAUAACCCUGACUAUCUUGCUAUCAUAUUCCAUCGGCAUUGUCCGCUACUUGAGACGUUUGGGUGUUUGACGCCGAACAAGAUUAAACCCAGUGCUAGACGCCCUUUUAUCGAAUCAUUUGAACUAGUUGUGGCCAGAAGGACUAAACAACACGGAUGGGUGCGGUGCAAAAGCGGUAUAAAUGGGGCAGGAGUAGGCAUUUUUGGGAUGUUCGAUUAA